AUGGCGGCUGCCAGUCCGUGUGAUUCGGUGCACUCGCUACCUAAAAAUAUAGUCAUUAAGACUGAGCCAGAUGCGGAGGAUGUGCUGCUCAAGCGGGACCCCGUCGUGCCUCUCAUUGCCCCUGUCAGCGGACUCCAGCCUCUCUCGUGGUCGCAGGACCACCGCCUUGCUGUGUGCACGUCCAGCUCCCUGUCGGUGAUGGAGUUGGUGUGCGACGUUCACAGCAACAAACAGGAGCUGACGCUGCACAGGACUUCAAUCCCCGUCCCAGCUGAGGAAUACAAACUGCGGGUGGGCCCAUCAGUAGAGCUAUCUGAAGCGAUGGUGAAGUUCGCUACUCAUUCAGACCCCACAGUAAGGCAAGCAUUUUUGGCUGACACUGUGAUCAACCCAUCAGUAGGCGUGCACAAAGGAAUAAAGUACGCUAGCUGGUCUCCGUUAGGUUGUGACUCGAGUGGACGCUGCCUGCUCGCUUGCCUAACACUUGAGCACAGACUUACCAUUCAUAACAGCCACAAGCAUCUCGAGUGGAACAUGCUAGUUGACCUCACUAAAAAGUACAGCGAGAGGCUAAAAGAACGAAAUUAUGCCAGAAAAGACAACAAGCCACCGCAGGCUAACCUGCUGGACUUUGACGAGCUGCAGCGGCGUUUCCGCAUGCAGACGCCUCUGAGAAUGGAGUGGUCAAGUAUUUACACUAUUAAACAGGUUCAGCCGGACAACACGGGUGUAGACUUAGAGAUGGUCCUCCUCGCUGUCUUAAUGGAAAACGGUGACCUCGUUUUGUGGAAGUUUGUGUUGCCUUUUACGGAUGGUGCAGAUGUCUCGUUUUAUGACAUCAUUGAAUCAGGUGUGACCAGACCAAGUGACUUAGCGUGGUGGGAGUACGAAAAUGCUGAUCGUCGCAUGAGUGGCCUAAUCGUCGGCAGUGAGGUGGGACCCGUCAAGAUCAUGCCGGUCAGCCUCUCGGGAGUGAAGGGGUACUUCACCCUCCGACACCCCGUCAUUCUGUGGAAAGAGUGCGAUGAAAUUGCUGUUGAAAACAUCAAAUGUGUCCCGAUGAUCCACCCGAUCCAUAAAUCCAGCUGCAGCCUCAUUGUCGCGUCACGCGGCUGUUACGUCUUUUGGUGUUUGCUCGUGAUUUCGCCAGCUGGACUAAACGUACACAACUCUCACGUGGCAGGGCUGCACUCACUUCCUGUGGUCUCGCUAGCAGUCAGUCAACAGGGUGUCGCGGUGUACACGUGUUCCACAGACGGGUGGAUUAAAAAGCUGACACCAACAUUUACAGAGAGCACUUUAAUAUUUAAGCAGGAGGAAAUGAUGCGACCUGAGAACCUCACUGGGAGGAGAAUACACGGGAUUGUGGUGAGCCGCAACGGUGCAUAUAUUGCACUUGUCAGCACACAAGGCAUGGUUGAUGGCUAUCAUCCAAUCAACAGGACUUACCAGGUUCACUUUGUUACCCUAAGAACUCCAGAAGCUGCAGCAGCACUGCUGCUCAGGUCGCCUACACAGAACUUGUAUAAAAUGGCCGACCUGCUUGACCUUGUGAGGUGGCAAAUUUUGAAACACAAGUCCAUCCCCGCAUCACUGCAGGAAGAGCUUGAUCAGAAGAUCCGGGAAGCGGACUCGCCUUACUUGUGGCGGUUCAAGCUCUUUUUGGUGCGGAUACUUUACCAGUCAUUACAGUCACCUAACACAGAUCAGAAUUGGAAACCUGCAAAAGAGGGAAGCAAGGUGUUCAUAAGAGAUGAAGAAGAAGAGGAGGAGGAGGACGGCGAAGACAAAGAAGUUGCUGUGAAAGAGGAAGGUGAGCCUGGUGGAGAAAAACUGGAGGAGGAGGAGAAUCAGGAGGACCACAGGACAGAGGUGCAGGCUUGGAUGAAUACUGUGGAGACCCACCUGAUGAGAGAAAACAUGAAGAAGGUGUUGGGGGUGGUGUACCUCAACACCUGGCUAGCAGAGAACAUCAGCAUACCCACCUGUGGCCUGGUGGAGUACCUCUCUAAAGAUACCAAUGACCGAGCAUCAGAGGUCCUGAUUGGCCACAUCAAGAAUAAGAUGAACAAGCAAACGUUCUCGGAGCGCUGUAGCCUGUGUCAGGACGUGCUGCCCUUCACGGACCACAAACAAACCAUGUGUAAAAAUGGACACAUGUGGCUCAGGUGUGCGUUGUCAUACCAGGCCUGCCAGACGCUGACGUUCAGACGGUGCCUCCUGCUGGAUAGCAUCGCCAGACUGCCAGAGCCUGAGGAUCCAGAGUGGAUAAAGAAGAUUCUGCAGGCACCUUGCACGCUCUGCGACGCACCGAUGAUCUAGAGCUUAACGAUCAUUAAAACCUCAGGGCUUCCCCGCGUCCUUCAGAGCGCCCCGCUCUGACACCGGGUCCAAUCUUGUCAGACAUCACUGCUAUUUUUCUUUUUUUUUUUUUUUUAAUUUGAUG